AUGGCAAAGUAUUUUUGUGAAUUCUGCAACAAGUUUCUUCCAAACGACAAGCCAAAAAGCAGGAAGAUGCAUUUCCAGGGCGCAAGACAUGGCUUGAUGCGAAAAGCAUAUUACAUGGAAGUCUUCGAACAAGAUACCGUGGCUGCUGAACUAAACUCCAUCCUCAAAAACUUAAAAACCGCAGACAGUUGCUUGAGUCAUACUAUUGGUCAUAGGCAAAAUACCGAAUGCAAUCUUCCGCCUGGUAUUUGUUUGAGUGAAAUCCACGUGCCUGAAGAGCCGCCGGGAUUCAGACUUCCGCCGGGAUUCGACUUCAAUAAUCCAGCCAACUUUCCUAGAACAAUGGACGAGGUCGUGAGAAGAUACAGAUGA